AUGGGAUUCAGUACUGGACUCUUCGAUUGCUUUAAUGACUGUGGAAGCACCUUAGAUGUAUGGUGUUGCUUCUCAUGCAAUGUUAGCCGCCAGUAUAAUGCUGCUAAUGGAGUUCCUAAUGAAUGUUCGUUCUGCUAUUGUCUCUUUUCUUGCUUCUGUCCUACUAUAUCAACUUGUUGUUUACGUCAGAAAGUCUCUGACAGGUACUCCCUUGGAGAAGGGUUCUGUACAACGUUUUUGGCUGGAUGGUGCUGUACUGUAUGCUCUGCAUGUCAGACUCAUCGUGAACUGACAUUGCGCGGUGCAAACCCUGGUGGCUGUUGUUGCAGUCCCAGUACCUCGCAAAUGAAAUAA